AUGCAGGCAAAGAAGCGAUACCUGCUGGUAUCUGUUGGGGCCUGUAGCCUCUUACUAGCCUACCUGUGUGGCCUACAAAUCGGUGAGUUCCAGAACCAUGCUCAGCUUUAUGGAGUCUCACAGAUCGCCGGUGUCCCACCUCGGCCGCCCCGUUGGCCAGAAUGGGUGCAUCCUCCCCUGCAGACGUACCUUGGUGAGGCCGAGCAGGAAGAAGAUGGACCCCUGCUUCUUCAUCAACACACGUCUCCUCGCGAGAGACGAGAAAUCCAGAAGAACAUCUACAAGAGCCGGCGAUGUCGCAUGGAGACCUGUUUCGAUUUCCAGCGCUGCGAACGGGGGUUUAAAAUUUACGUGUAUCCGCCUCAGAAAGGUGAAGCGCCCUCGGAAAGCUACCAGAAGAUUCUGGCUGCCAUCGAGGAAUCGCGGUUCUACACGACAGACCCUAAUGAGGCCUGUCUGUUUGUACUGAGCAUAGACACUCUAGACAGGGACCAGCUGUCCGCUCAGUAUGUACAUAACGUCCGAGCCCGAAUUCAAAGCCUCCCUCUGUGGUACGAAGGGAGGAACCAUCUGAUUUUUAACUUGUACUCUGGAACGUGGCCUGAUUAUACAGAGGAACUAGGCUUCGAUAUUGGCCAAGCCAUGCUGGCCAAGGCCAGCACCGACAUGGACAACUUUAGACCACGCUUUGAUGUGUCCAUCCCUUUGUUUUCAAAAGACCAUCCUCAGAAAGGAGGGAGCAAAGGUUAUCUGAAUCUUAACAAUGUCCCUCCCUUACGAAAAUACUUGCUGGUCUUCAAAGGGAAGAGGUAUCUAACUGGCAUCGGUUCUGAAACCAGAAAUGCUUUGUAUCAUAUACAUAAUGGGGAUGAUAUAAUUUUAUUGACUACCUGCAAACACGGGAAAGACUGGGAGAAACAUAAGGAUGCAAGGUGCGACAUGGACAAUGAAGAAUACACGAAGUAA